GCCAGGUUACAAACUCCUCUGUUAGUUAUGGGAUGUUUCAGUUGUGGCUCCGCCCCCUGCAGUUGUUACCUGUCUGCAUCCUCACUGUGUGUCACUGCUCAGGUGUGUUUCAGUCUCACCUGUCGCUCUCACCUGUCGCUCUGACUCGUCGCCUCGCCGCUGGGAUGUUGGAGCAGGCGGUCGGCCUCGGCGCCGUCACCGUGCUGGGCGUCCUGGAGCAAGCCUAUUUCUCUCUACAGGUGAUUUACGCCCGGAGGAAAUAUUCGGUGUCUCCUCCCGCCACUGUCGGACCUCCAGAGUUUGAGAGAGUCUUCAGAGCUCAAGCCAACUGCUCAGAGUACUUCCCCAUCUUCAUCACGGUCCUGUGGACGUCCGGAGUCUUCUUCAGCCAAGGUCUGUCUGCCGUCUGCGGGUUGCUCUAUCUCUACGGACGCUUCCAGUACUUCCGUGGAUAUUCAGAGUCGGCACAGGGACGUCUGGCUCCGCUGUAUUUCAGCGCUCAGGUUCUCUGGGUUCUCAUCGGGUUCUCCUCUCUCGGGGUUCUCCUCACCUUCUGCCGGGUUUACCUGAACGUGGACCUGCUGCUGGAGCUCGGCUCCGCCCUGGACCUGGUCUGAGGGACGGUGUCAGGGGUCAAAGGUCACGUCACAUAAUGAUGUCACUUGAUUGGAUCGAUAUUAAACCUCGACAGCCGUCAGGAUUUAUGAGUUGAUCUCUUGUUUGUUUACUUAUUUAUUUUAUUUAUUGUGUUUAUCUGAACUUUUGUGUGAAUCAAACUUUAUAAAGUGUCACCAGACGUCGCUCAGACCAAAGUAAUCUAUUACAUUCAACCAGACUCCAUUAAUGAAAACCUAAUAAAACUCAUUAAAACCGUCUUUAUUUCUCUUUAAUUCACCGAAUGAUUCUCUUUAGAAUUCAACCUAAAUUUAAAUUCUCCUGUUUAUAGAAAUUUGGUGUCACUGUUUAUCAUUUAUUAUUAUGUUAUUAUAUUAUUAUAUUAUUAUGUUAUUAUAUUAUUUGAACCUUUUUAUGACGUGUUUUAUCGUCUCUCAUUUAAAUGUUCUUUGUGUUUUAUGAUGAAACAAUAAAAAGUUCUUUAUAUCAA